AUGUCGUUGUUCUUGCAUUUUGCCAUCUGGUUCCUGAUUAUUUCUUGCACUGUAAUUCUUCUCAUUCACUUCGCUUGCAUCGUAUACCCCGUAUUCUUCUGGAACGCCAUUGAAAGACUCCGUCGUCGUUUUCGUUGUUUGGAGAGGGAUCCGAGAUUCCGGGAGGUUGUCCACGACUUCAUUGCUAUCUACCAACCAGCACCUCCUUCACCAAACAAUUCGGACAGUAGUGUGGUUAUCACUGUCCAACCAAACCCUGAGAAUUGA